AUGACAUAUAUGUUCAAGUAUGACUCUGUUCAUGGCCAGUGGAAGCAUUUUGAGCUCAAGGUCAAGGACUCUAAAACCCUUCUUUUCGGUGAGAAAGAAGUUGCUGUUUUCGGAACUAGGAACCCUGAGGAGAUCCCAUGGGGUGAAGUUGGAGCUGACUUUGUUGUUGAGUCUACUGGUGUUUUCACUGACAAGGAUAAAGCUGCUGCUCACUUGAAGGGUGGUGCUAAGAAGGUUGUUAUUUCUGCCCCAAGCAAAGAUGCACCAAUGUUUGUUGUUGGUGUUAACGAGAAGGAAUACAAAUCAGACCUUAACAUUGUUUCCAAUGCUAGAUGCACUACCAACUGCCUUGCUCCCCUUGCCAAGGUUAUCAAUGACCGAUUUGGAAUUGUUGAGGGUCUUAUGACCACUGUCCACUCCAUCACAGCUACUCAGAAGACUGUUGAUGGUCCAUCAAGCAAGGACUGGAGAGGUAGAAGAGCUGCUUCCUUCAACAUCAUUCCCAGCAGCACUGGAGCUGCCAAGGCUGUUGGAAAGGUUCUUCCAGAACUAAACGGUAAAUUGACCGGAAUGUCAUUCCGUGUUCCUACCGUUGAUGUUUCAGUUGUUGACCUCACUGUCAGGCUUGCGAAGAACGUAACCUAUGAGCAGAUCAAAGCUGCUAUCAAGGAGGAGUCAGAGGGUAAACUCAAGGGUAUUUUGGGUUACACUGAAGAUGAUGUUGUAUCUACUGACUUUGUUGGUGAUAGCAGGUCUAGCAUAUUUGAUGCCAAGGCAGGAAUUGCUUUGAAUGAAAACUUUGUGAAACUUGUUUCUUGUGAAGGUACCAGAAAGUAUAUUAAGUUGAAACGUAAGACAGAUGCUGAUAAACAACCGAAUCCUGGCACGGGCCUUGGGAAGGUGGUUCUAAAUGCAAGAGGCAGUUUACCAACAAAGGCUAGCAGAAAGGAUGUGAGGAAGUAUGAUGAUUUUGGCUUACCCAUUGAUGAUGAUGAUAGCUUACUAGUUCCUGAAAAGAAAGAGGGUGAUAGGCCACAGAAGACAACAAACCAACUCCUAACCGAAACUAACUCAACUGUAACCAGCUUUCCUUUUUUCCCACCUCUUAACCAAAUUUUAACCAUACCAUAA